CUUGCUAUGCUCCGCUGGCAAGUGCCGCCGCCGCCCGGGAAGGCCUGGACCCGGGGCCCGAGAUGGACGGAUUGUACUUGGAUGUGUAUGUCAGCCCCCUUCUUACAAGAGGUUACUGCUGGCCGGCUGUGAUGCUGUGGUUGAGUCCGGAUCCCUUUGCUGCUGCCGGUGCGUGCACUCGUUUUGUGCCUGGACAGGUUCGACACUCGCUUUGUAAAGCCCGUUGGUGUUGUGGUGCUCUGUCUGCAGCAUGAAGCUUUCAGUGUAUCUGGUGCCGACGCUGGCACUGGCCGUGUCGGUGGCCGCGAGUCCGGGCAAGAAACACAGCUGUGGCAACAAUCAUACACCAACACAUGCUUUGCUGUCCUCGGGGCCAGCAGGUAUUGUGUGCACGAGGACGAGCACCGCCGUCAGAGUCAUCACCAGCACGUCGACGACGACGUCGACUCCAGUGGCCGUCUUAAUCACGACAACAAAGACGAGCACCUCGACGGGGACGAGGACGCAGGCCCAGGUGACCACCACGCUGAGCAGCACCGCGACCGUCUACACGACCGACACCCGGACGGCCACGGCCACGGCAAGCAUCACCACCACUGCCGCCACCGCAGUGACCGUCACCAGCGUGUCUCCCACCGUCACCGUCGCGACCCCGGCCGGUUUCACCCCGAUCGGCCAGGCAUUCCCAGGCAACUCCAACAAGCGGCGGCGCAGUCCCAUUGGGAAGCUCUGUACAUCAACCACAGUCAAGACCAUCACCAGCACCUCGACGUGCAUCUCAACCUCGACCGUCAAGGCCGCCACGCCCACGUCGACCAUCACUGCCCUCAACACCCGCUUCACCACGACCACCGUCCUCCCGCAGCCCGCAAGCACAAUCCUAACUUCCGUCACCACCGCGGCGCUAACAAUCACCACAACCACCACCAUUACCACCAUCACUGCCACCACAGCCACAUCCACCACAACCCUCCUCAUCGGCCCAGCCCCAACCUCCUACGCCGCCUGCGGCCCCGACAACUACCUCUCCACCUACCAAGGCAUGCUCAUCGGGGGUUUCGGCAGCACCAGCCCCGACGGGGGCACGCCCAUCUCCCUCGCGGGAUCCACAAAGGAGGAAUGCUGCGCCAGCUGCAUGGCCAACCCAACUUGCGCCUUUGCCGGCUUCGGCGUCGCGGCCCAGACCUGUCUCGGCUACGAGUUCCCCACGGGCGGGACGUGCGAUCCCACGCGGCUCGCGGGCAAUUUCUUCCCCCGGGAUAAUCCCGUGGCGGCUGUCGCAGACGCGAGGCGCACGUUCUUCGAGGUCGUCGUUCAGUAG